GUCAAGUUAACUCAAGAUGGCGGUCUAAACAACGGUGAGCAAAAGCCGAAGCCGAAGGAGAAACCUAAACUCGUUUUUUUUUUAAAACGAUCUUAUUCUGAAAGGUAUGUGAUGCAAUUUUCUAAAAAUGAAAAGAGAAGACUAGUCAGCAAAGCACAAUGGCAUCGUUGAAUUAUACCUCCUCCUAUGAUGACACAAGCGAUGAUUCCCAAUCUCCUCUGAAAGGCAGGAGUUCCCGGGAAGAAAGCCCUCAGUCUCAGGGAGAACUUAUCAUAGUGUCGGAGACCGAUGCCAGGAGCUCCAAGAGUGCUCCUGCAGCCUUGCAGACUGGCUCCUUGGAUGACUACUCCCUACUGCUCCAGGAGCACAAUCUAUCCUCGCCUCAAAAGCCGGUCACCCCUACCACACCUUUUACCAAGCCCACCACGAAACAGAAGACAGUGCACUUUGAGACAGAACCAGAGUUCUUUGAGCCAACCUCAAGGGCCAGGAAGAAAAGUCUGGAUCUUAAAGCAAGGCUGUAUGAUAGGCCGCAGGAUGCUCAGGUGUUCCAGACAAUGAGACAAGGCCAACAGAAUGGCCAUACUGAUGCUCUAAAAAAUAAACAGGGUGCACCGCUUCCUCCAAUACCAAGACCUCCAUCAGGUAGCAGAGUACCUGGUCCUGGUAACACCAUCAGGACCACGUUCUUCAAGAGGGAUCAGACAAGAAUCAGGGUUAGACGUCAGAUGGCAAAGAAGAAGGAGAGUGAGGAAGGGGUGCAGAAAGUACCCGAAAGCCCAAAGGAUAUAGGAAAAGAUCAACUGGUAACUCAAGACAUGCCUGAUGAUCAUCCAGCAAAGACUACCCAAAAGCCCCCUGUACCCACUGUGGCAGCUCCAGAUAGCAUCGGCGAGUACAGGGAAUCCCCUCUCCAUGACCCUGCAGAGGUCAGAGGUCAUGAAGGGAGUGCACCAAGACCCUCAGAAAGCAGACACCUUGAUACAGCAGGAAUGGAAUCAUCCAUUGCUCCUCUCUCACCCCUGAUGCAGCUUGCCAAAAAGGAGUUUACCCCAGACCCCUCAGAGGGGUCUGUGAAGAGCCAAGAUGCUACCCCCAGGAACAUGUCUCUUACAGGUUCUCAAGCGGAUGCAAGUGCGGUAUUGACCUAUCUACAGACAAAUCUCUAUGACAACACAGCCCCUGCUGUGGAUAGCCUUAGCUAUCAUAUUAGGAAGAUGCGCCGUGAUCUAGGUCUUGUUAUAGACCUUCCUCGCCAUGGACCAGGGGUCAAGGAGGUUAUUCCUACUCUUGAGAUGAAGUUACAAGAGCCAGAGAAGACCCAGGAUGGUGUGCGAGAAUAUUUAGAGGAAAUUCCAAAGAACAAGUCACAGUUUGUCUAUGCAUUACCCCGGAAUCGGCAUGAUCAAAGAGGGCGCUACAACCCUUAUGAUCUCCAAGUUGUUUCACCCAACGAGGCCAGAACAUCCAAGCUUCACUUCACUGCCAGUGCAACUUUUGUUACAUUGCAUAUUGAAGAGGGAGAAAAUGAGUAUGAUGACAUCACACCCACAAUGCAAUGGCAGUACGAGAGAAGGCUUUUCUCUGCCAUUAAUACUCAGUCUGUGUUUGUCAAAUUUAGGAUAUGGAAAGCAUUCAAUGUGUGGAAAAUAAAUGUCCGGGCAGCUAAGAAUGCAACCGCAAAAACCAUUAUGAAGAAGCAGUUGUUCACCGUCAAUGAGAUCCUCCAGCGCUGUCUCCUCUAUGUCCGAGCCCAGUGCGAGUCAGCCUGCUGCAGUAUGACCGGCCAGGGCACAAGGGAAAAGGCCAUUUGUCUAGUGGCCCUGGACAAUCAUAAGACAUUGACCUUGGGGGAGUUCUGUAAGAACCAGGCUAACCAGUGUGAGACGGCUCAUCUACAGUUAUCAAGAAUGAGGGAAAAGUUUGUCAAGCUUGCCUGGGAGUGCUGUGUGAAAGUAGCUGAAAUGGAAGGCAUCAAUCAUAAAUUUCAUCCUGGCAUGGGACCACUCACAAAGAAGGUUCAACUCAAGAGAGACAAAGUGGACAAAUCCAAGAAAGAUGACAAGAGUAAUGGUCCCACCUACACACAGAUAGCGCAAUGGCGUGCCAUCCUGGGCCGUCUUGCAAAGUUCCUCCAUGCAACAGACUACAUCAUCCUGGACCUCCUUCAUAGGCUGGUCAAGACCGCUGUCCACUUACUGAGGGAGUUCCUUCAGAUGUCCAUCUCUACUGGAGAGGAGCUAGCUCUGAAGGACGAGGGAUCAGACAGCGGGAGUGAUGCGGAAGGGGAUAGGCCAAAAAAGAAGACGGGAGGUUUUUCAAGGAGGCUUGCCACCUUAGACUUGGAAAGUCGAUCAAGCACCCCUGAAUCAGCCAGACCUGAAACAGAGGAAGUGGGUCACAGCAAGAAGAAGGUCAAAGGUCAACCAACCAAACCACCUGCAGAGGUUCCCAAAUAUGACUUUAACAAGAUUGAGGAGAAAGCACAGCCUGUCAAUAUAGAUCAGAUUCUAGAUGAUCUAAAGAGACAAGAGAUAGUAGAGAUGCCUCCUGAUCCUGUCUUCCAGAUUCAGUUGGUGCUUAAUGUCCCUCCAUUAGAGAAACACCAGUCUGGACCGUCGAACAAGAAAAGUGGUAAACAUUCCCGAGAUAGAGGAAAGAAGAAGGUUGUGACCUUCCACGAAUCCUCAAGCAGUAGUGACGAUGAGAGCAGUUCCAGUGACUCAGAUUCAGGGCAUGAAAGUGAGAGCUCAUCAUCUUCUUCAGAUGAAUCCAAAGAUGGACAAACCAAACAAAAACCAUCCAAGAAAUAUGCCUAUCCUGUUGAACAUGAAAAGGACACUGAUCAGGUACAGAGCAAAGUGACAAUCAGUCUACAGCCUUCAAGAGAACAGUUCAUGUCAAAGGUCAAAGGUCUCAUUGCUGGAUUUGAACACACAGUGGGUCAAGUCCAGGCCUUACACCGUGACCCCUACCUCCAAGUGUUCUGGAGCCCUCCCCGCUAUGACCUGAAGCUCUCCACCAUGGGUAUGGAUGAUGAAGAGAAACAUCGACCUUGGCCUGAUCUAGAGCUUCUGUUUGGUGAGGAUGGGGAGUAUGGUAGCUCUGUAACAGAGGUGCUCCAAGCAGUCUCAGAGAAUGUCAACUCAGUUCAGGAAUAUGCCAAGAAUUUUGAACCAUAUACUGGUAUGGUUGAUCAGGCCAGACGAGUAGAUGUAGAGGGCUCACUCCAAAAACGAGAAUGGACUACUGAAGAAUUUAACCAUGUUCUCUCAGCCCACUCAGAAAUGGUUAAUUCCAUGGAAAACAUGGAGAAGGAACGUCGGAGUGGGAUGAUCCAUGUCUUGGUUCACAACUUUCAGAAGACCUGUCUUCCUUACCCUACUGAUGUCAUGGUGGCUGUAGUCAGGAGACUUCCACAGAUUGCUAAUAGACGCAAUGAGAACCUCCUCAAAGUCAUCAAGAGUGCCUCCAAGAAGCUGGACCACAUGCCCCAGUCUGUGGAAGAGUUUGUGGAACAUCUAUCAUUCCUCUCUCGAAUGGGAUCAGAGUUACCGUCCCUGGAGAAGGAAUACUUUGUAGUGACAAGACUCUUCACCAUUGCUAAAGACUUUGAUGUCCCCAUAGAGCCUGAGGAGCUGGCCUUGUAUCAGACACUCAUGCCAAGCUUCCAGCAUCUUAAGUCCACCAUCAUAUAUUGUGAAGCUAAGAAGGAUGAGAAUAUCAGCAAGUUCAGUGAUGAUCUCAAUAUUCAUAUUCAAGGACUUCUGUCUGAGGCAUAUGACAUCCGUAACCGGGUUCAGGCUCCAACCCUGCUCAGUGCAGAUACCCUGGCAGUGGUUGCCAUGGAGAACCUGAAACUACUGAAUGAUGAGCUCAAUGCUGUGUCAGGCAAGGCUAGGAGCUAUGCCAGCUACCAGGAUAGGUUUGGUAGCUCCAUCUCCACUCAGAACAAGAUGAAAGGCAUCUCAGAAGAGAUCAUGAUGUCGGACUACAGCGACCGCAGUGCCAGUGCCCAGCAGAUCCUUUCCGAGCUUUCGGAGAUAGAGCGAGAGCUGCAGCUGAGGAAACUCCUAUGGGAAUCCUCAGAUGAAUGGGGCAACCUUGUAGAAGACUGGACAGAGACUCAGUUUGAUGGCCUCAAUGUGGACAUCAUGCAGAAGAAUGUCAGCAAGUUCACCCAAACGGUGUUCAUGUUGGAGAAAGGAUUACCACCAAAUGAAGUCCUUCCUCGGCUGAAGGAGCGUGUCUUAAGCUUCAAGCAAGGUAUGCCUGUCAUUACAGCCUUGAGGAAUGCAGCUCUGAGGCCAAGGCAUUGGCAAGAGAUCCAGAACCUGAUUGGUAGGGCCAUCAUCAGGGACAAGAACUUCACUCUUGGAAAGUUUCUUGAGUUGCAGCUGUUCCAAUACAAAGACCAGAUCAAUGAUAUAUCCACAACAGCCAGUAAUGAAGCUACACUGGAGGUCAUGUUGAAUAAGGUAAUUGAUCUAUGGAGAGUGACUGACUUCCGUCUGGUGCCUCACAGUGGGCGUGACUUCAGCAUCAUUGCAGGAGCCGAUGACAUCAUGACCCAGUUGGAGGAGAGUCAGGUUACCAUUGGAACCAUCAGAGGCUCAAGAUAUGUCACUCCUAUCAAGGCUCUUGUUGAUGAAUGGGACAGGAAGUUGAAUGUAUUUUCCCGUACCUUGGAUGAAUGGAUGAUGUGCCAGAGGAACUGGCUCUAUCUGGAACAGAUCUUCACUACACCCGACAUACAGAGACAACUUCCCACUGAAGCCAAGCUAUUUGCCAGUGUUGAUAAGUCCUGGAAAGACAUCAUGCGUCGUACAGAGGACAGGCCCAAUGCUCUGAGGUGUGCCACGUUACCAGGUGUGCUUGAGAUUCUUCAGACCAACAACUCCAAUCUAGAGAAGAUCCACAAAUGCCUCGAGGAUUAUCUUGAGACAAAGAGACUAGUGUUUCCAAGAUUCUACUUUCUCAGUAAUGAUGAUCUUCUGGAUAUACUGGCUCAGAGCAAAAAUCCUGAUGCUGUACAGCCCCAUCUUGUGAAAUGUUUUGGUAACAUCAAGAGUCUUGAGUUCCAGAGAGAACCUAAGCUACCUCCUACAGUCAGGGCUAUGAUAUCAGCAGAAGGAGAGGCCAUCUUCUUGCCAAAGAAUGUACGUGCCCGGAAUCCGGUUGAGCAGUGGCUUGGCAGUGUGGAAUCAGCCAUGUUUGAUUCUGUCAGAAGAAACUUGAAAGAAAGUGUUGGAAAGUGGGGUAAAGAUCUUGAGGAUUGGGUCAUGUCACACCCGGGCCAGGUGGUUCUUACUGUGGUCCAGAUCAUGUACAACCGAGAGGUGACGGCGAGCCUAGAGGCUCACAAGGCUUCAAAAGCCCUGAUGGAAUCAAGGGAUAGAUUGGUUGACCGCCUCAACAUCCUUGCGGGAAUGGUGACUAAACCAUUGACCCAUCAUAAGAGAAACAGUGUGGAGGCGCUCUUGGUCAUCAUGGUACAUUCCAGGGAUAUUGUGAAUAACCUCAUCGAUGGCAAGAUCAGGAAGAGUGAUGAUUUUGAGUGGACAAAGCAGUUGCGUUACCAGUGGGAAGAACAAAGCAAUUCCUGUAUCGUCCACCAGGCCAAUGCAUCUUUCCAGUAUGGAUACGAGUAUCUGGGCUGCUCACUACGUCUUGUCAUCACACCCUUGACUGACCGCUGCUACCUCACACUGACCGGUGCAAUGCAUAUGCAUCUGGGAGGGUCACCGGCUGGACCAGCCGGUACGGGUAAGACUGAGACGGUCAAGGAUCUAGCCAAGGCUGUAGGGAAGCUGUGUCUGGUCUUCAACUGCUCAGAGGGCUUGGAUUAUAAGAUGAUGGGCAAGUUCUUCUCAGGUCUAUCUCAGUCUGGUAGUUGGUGUUGCUUUGAUGAAUUCAAUAGAAUUGAUGUUGAGGUACUCUCUGUCAUUGCUCAACAACUUCACAGCAUCAAGACGGCUAAAGAUGCUAAUGCCCUCAGGUUUAUGUUUGAAGGUCGUGACAUCAGGCUCAAUCCAACAUGUGGAGUCUUCAUCACCAUGAACCCAACGUAUGCUGGACGUGUGGAGCUUCCCGAUAAUCUGAAAUCCCUCUUCCGUCCUGUAUCAAUGAUGGUACCUGAUUACGCCCUCAUUGCUGAGAUCAUGUUAUUCUCUGAGGGUUUCACCUCCGCGAGGUCACUCUCCAACAAGAUAGUCAAUCUUUAUCAGCUUGCCAGUAAACAGCUCUCUCAGCAGGAUCAUUAUGAUUUUGGUAUGAGAGCUAUCAAGUCUGUUCUGGUUAUGGCUGGACAAAGAAAAAGAAAGGCUCAGAUGGAGUCUGCGGAAGCGAAACCUCUUAGUGAGCUAGAGGAAGCCUUCAUUCUUAUCCAUGCUCUGAGGGAUGCUAACAUGCCCAAGUUCUUGGCUGAAGAUGUACCCCUCUUUGAGAAUAUCUUAGCUGAUCUUUUCCCAGGAAUUGACCCACCGCAACCAGACUUUGGGGUUUUAGAGAAAGCAAUCUCCAUGGCCAUACGUGACCUGACCUUGCAGCACUGGCCCAGUCAGAUAGAGCAUGUCAAGCAACUCCAUUCCCAGAUUCUAGUCCGUCAUGGGGUCAUGUUGGUAGGCCCAUCGGGUGGUGGAAAGACGUCUGUCAGGAGCAUCCUACAGAGGGCGCUAGUUGUCCUACCCACAAUUCACAUGGAAGAGGGCAACGAGAAGGGCAAAACUAUCAUGAAAACCUAUGGCAAGAAGGGGCGAGUGGACACGUUCACACUCAACCCAAAGUGCGUUAAGAUGGGUGAGCUGUAUGGUCAGACUGACCCCAACACCUUGGAGUGGACAGACGGUCUCCUUGCCUCAGCGGUCAGGAAGUUCUCCAGAGAGAAUGCCAGUCACCACCCAGGAGGGGAGGAUGACAGUAGACCAGGAACUAACAUCAGUGGGACUACCAGGGAUAUGGAGUCUAUGUCAGGGAUGACCACUCCAAGAUCAGCCUCCCGAGGCCCAUCCCCCGGUGGCACCUCCUACCCACCAUCCACCUCCGCCUCCCAGUCCAUCGUCAUGGACUCCACCACUGGUGGGGACAGCAUCCGACCAGUGACAGAGGACCGCAGUGAGAAGAUGGGUCAUGGUGCCGGUGAGCAGACACCCAACGACUGGCAGUGGCUUGUUCUUGAUGGCCCAGUGGAUACUCUGUGGGUGGAGAACCUCAACACGGCUCUGGACGAUAGUAAGCUUCUGUGUCUGGCCAAUGGAGAGAGAAUCAGCUUGACCCCUGGGAUGAGGCUACUGUUUGAGGUGGACAAUCUCUCCCAAGCCAGUCCAGCCACUAUCAGUAGAUGUGCUAUGGUCUAUUUGGACCCAGUUGAUCUUGGAUGGAGACCUUCUGUUAAGACAUGGAUCUCAAAGUUAUCCAAGGAUAUACCUGAUAGUGGGAAGCAGCAUCUGCAGGCUCUGUUUGACAAGAGUCUUGAUAAGGGCUUAGAGUUUGUCCAGGAGUACAAGAGUCACCAGCAUGUACCAGCCUCACAGACAAGCAUGGUCAACACCCUGUGCAACCUUCUUGGUGCAUUUCUUGACUUCCUAGGCAAGAAUGGCGGCUUCGGAAACCCUGAUGAAGAGAGACCAUCCAGUGGAGAGAGUCUUCUGUCCAGUCAUUCUGGACGAUCAUCUAGAUCUGGUACCAGGAGAGGUUCCAGGAAGAUUAAAGAGAAACCAAAGGCCCAGGCUAACAAGGGAAACACCAAGGAAUGGUACCUCCAGAAGUACCCAGACCAGCUUCUCAACAUGCUUGGCAAGAUCUUUGUCUUCUGUUAUGUCUGGUCCAUUGGUGGUGUCCUUAGGAGAGAAGAUGAUAGUGAUGAUGAUGGGGGUAUCUCUAUGGGACCAGCAACAGGCGGUGGAGGAGGAGCAGGAGGAGGGAAGAAGGCUGAAUUAGUGGAGCUAAACAUCUCAUAUGAAUUUGAUGGCUUUGUGCAUGACAUGUUUGAUACUGAACCACCAUUAGGAGUACGACUACCCUCUGGUAGCCGAACUAUCUUCCAUUACUUUGUGAACCUUGAGAGUGGAAAGUUUGUUCCUUGGGAUGAGCUGGUACCAAGCACAAAGUCACUCAUAGAUAAGGGUGUCGUCCAUGUCUCUCUAGGAGAACAGCUGGGAGUUACCAACCAAAUGAGCAAAGAGGCAUCCCUUGAAGAUGGUGGUCAGGUUCCCACAGUAGAUACCAUCAGGUAUUCAUUCCUAACAAGUCUGCUCCUACUCAACAAGAAGCCUGUUCUACUCACUGGUGAUUCUGGAGUUGGCAAGUCGGCCCUGAUAAGCCACAUGCUCAAGCGACUAUGCAAGGACAAAGGCACCACCACAGAACAUGGCUCCAUCUUGGGUGAGGUGUUUAACUACAGCGAUAGAGGAACCAACAUCUUAUCAAACAUAUCGGCUCUCACCUCAAGUGUACUCAAUGAAGAGGGCAUGGAUGCAGAUGGUAUAAUGGGAGGUGGAGCCAUGGAUUUGACCUUUAUGACCGGUCAGGUUAAGAAGCAAGUCACAGGAUUGGUCAGCACCACCCUCCAGCUGAGUGCCCAGACCUCUCCGUCCAGAGUGACCACUCAGAUACAACAUAAGCUGAUCAAGAAGGGCAAAGACACCAUGGUUGGGCCAAGAGGCAAGAAGGUUGUGGUGUUUGUUGAUGAUCUCAACUUACCUGCUCCCGAGCAGUAUGGAGCUCAACCUCCUCUGGAGCUACUUAGACAGUUCAUGGAGCUACGAGGGUUCUAUGAUACCACUAAGUUAGCUUGGAAGAAUAUCUUGGAUGUUACUCUUGUUGCAGCCUGUGCUCCGAUUGGAGGAGGGCGUAAUCCACUUAGUCCAAGACUGCUUAAACAUUUCUGCAUGCUUGCCUUGCCUCAGCCAUCCACCCGCUCUCUCCAGCACAUAUACCAGGUCCAGUUAGGUCGUUUCUUGGAGAAUGGGGACUUCUUACCGGAUGUGAAAGAACUCCUGAACCCUCUGGUUUCUGCAUCCAUUGCCAUCUACUACAAGAUGUGUGUUAACAUCCUACCAACACCAGCAAAGUCUCAUUACACCUUCAAUUUAAGAGAUUUAUCCAAGGUAAUCCUGGGCCUACUGUUAGCCAAUGAAACCACAGUCACCUCCACAGAGUCAGCAGCCCAGCUCCUAGCCCAUGAGGCUAUGAGGGUCUUCCAUGACAGGCUGGUUGAUGACAACGAUCGGAUGAAGUUCUUUGAGUUCUUGGCAGACGAUUUGCACAACUAUUUCAAGGUGAAGUGGUCAGCAGAGACACUUCGGGACGAGCCAUUCCUGUUUGGUGAUUUCUUGGACCUGAAUGCCCCCUCUGCAGAGCGUAUUUACAGACCAAUUAAUGAUUAUGGUAAACUAGCCAGCAUCCUAGAAGAAUUCCUUGUCCGCAUCAAUUACUCAGGAGGACAGUUGGUCUUCUUCAGAGAGGCUCUUGAGCACAUUGUCCGUGCUGCCAGGGUGUUCCGCCAACCUGGAGGUCAUAUGGUCCUGGUGGGUUUGGAUGGUACUGGUAAGUCUACCACUGUCCAACUGGCCUGUCAUGUGGCUGGAUGUGAGCUCUUCAAGCUGAUGCUGACCAGGGGUUAUGGGCAGUCUGAUUUCAGAGAUGACCUCAAGACGGUCUUCAGGAAGGCAGGUGUCAAAGGCAUCAAUGUGGUCUUUCUUCUCACUGACAGUGAUAUUGUCAAGGAGUCUUUUCUUGAAGACAUCAACUGUGUGUUGAAUUCUGGUGAGGUACCUGACCUGUUUGAUAAUGAUGACAUGGAAGCCAUCAUGAUGGAGCUAAAAAGAGUUGCUCAAGAUGCUGAGAUGCCUGACAAUAGAGAAGCUGUCUAUGGGUUCUUCAUUCAGAGGGUCAAAAGUAGACUGCACAUUGUAAUAGCCACCAGUCCAGCGGGCGAAGCCUUCCGUCAGCGUUGCCGUAGCAACCCAUCCUUGGUGAACUGUUGUACAUUUGAUUGGUACGAUGAGUGGAGUACAGAAGCCAUGCUGAGGGUAGCUCACGUCUUCCUCAUGAGGGCAGACUUUAAAGGAAUCCUUGGGGAUACUGACCCAGAGACUCUGAAGGAGAACAUAGCACAGGUAUGUGUAGGUGUCCAUGGUGAUGUCACAAAGGAAUCAGUGAGGUACUACAAUGAGAUGAGACGUCAUUACUACACCACACCCAGUAGCUAUCUAGAUCUCAUCAGGCUUUACUCAAACAUGCUUGGAGAACAGAAGGGAUACUUCAUGAAUAACAAGAACCGUCUUGGUGUUGGAUUGUCCAAGCUAGGUGAAGCUAACUCACUGGUUGAUGCUAUGCAGGAUGAAUUGGUUGCUUUAGGACCAAAGAUUGAGGAAAAGGCUAAGGACACCGAGCUCCUUCUAGAGCAGCUAUCUAAGGAUCAGGAAGCUGUGGGUCAGGUCAGGGCUAUUGUAGAGCAUGAGGAAUCUAUCAUGAAAAGAGAGGCUCAGAUUGUUGAAGAUUAUGCUAAUCAAGCCCAGCAAGACCUCCAAUCUGUCAUCCCAGCCCUCCAGGAGGCCAUCGAUGCCCUAGACUCCCUGGACAAGUCAGACAUCUCUGAGAUCCGUGUCUACACCAAACCACCUGACCUGGUCAAUCAAGUGUUUGCUGCUGUCUGUGUCCUGUUCAAACAGAAGCCUGACUGGAGCACAGCUAAACAUUUGUUGGCUGAUCAAGGAUUCCUCAAAAAGCUGGUUAACUUUGACAAGAACAACGUCCCUGAUAAGAUCUCCCGUCAGGUCAAGAAAUACACUUCUUUACCUGAUUUCAUUCCUGAGAAGGUUGGUCAGGUAUCUUCAGCCUGCAAGUCAAUCUGUCAAUGGGUUCUUGCACUGGAACACUAUGUAGAGGUCACUAAGAUGGUGAAACCAAAGCAGAAGAGAGUUGAAGAGGCUAAGGAGGCACUCAAUCUAGCCCAAGAAGGACUAAGAGAAAAACAAGAAAGUUUAUCCAAGAUCCAGGACCAUUUGAGAGUAUUACAGCAGCAGUAUGAUGACAGCGUGCAUCAGAGAGAGUCGCUGAGAGAGAGGAAGGUCCUGACCACACUCAGACUCAAGAGGGCAUCGGUUCUUAUUGCAGCUCUGGCUGAUGAGGAGGUGCGAUGGGCGGAGUCAAUGGACAUAUUGGAGGGUAAACUACAGGGUGUGGUCGGUGACACCCUGGUAUCAGCCUCCAGUAUUGCUUACCUAGGGGUAUUUACUGCAUCCUAUAGGAGAGGAAUGAUCAAUAAAUGGGUUGAUAUGUGUCAGAGUAGGGGAAUUCCCUUGUCACAUGACUUCACCCUCAUUCACUCCAUGGCUGAACCUAAUGUUGUCCGUAAGUGGCAUAAUGAAGGGCUCCCUCAAGACAGUCACUCCACCGAGAAUGCCAUCUUUGUUAAGAGAGGUCAUCGAUGGCCCCUCAUGAUUGACCCUCAGGGUCAGGCCAGCAAGUGGAUCUGUGAGAUGGAAGGAGCUGCCUUGAUGAGGGUACAGGCCAAUGAUCCUAAUUUCAUCAGAGAUCUUGAGAGAGCUGUUAGGAUUGGUGAACCAGUACUCUUAGAGAAUGUGACAGAGGUUCUUGAUCCCAGUCUGAAGCCAAUCCUCCUGAAAGAGUUUGUAAGACGUGGUGCUCAGGAUGUCAUCAAGCUAGGAGAUACAGAGAUUGAAUAUAAUCACAAUUUUAGGUUGUACAUGACAACAAGUAUGGCGAAUCCUCACUUCCUACCUGCUGUGUGUAUUAGAGUGACCCUCAUCAACUUUACAGUGACCUUUGAAGGUUUGCAGGAUCAACUUCUAUCAACUGUAGUGCAGCAGGAACAACCUAUUUUAGAGAAGCAGAGAGGAGAGCUAUUGGAAAGCAUUGCCAGAGAUCUUACUUCACUCAGAGAUCUAGAAGAUAAGUCUCUUGGACUUCUUCAAAAAUCAGAAGGUCACAUCCUAGAUGAUCAAGACUUGGUGGACACUCUUGAGAAGAGUAAGAAGAUGUCAGGAGAGAUCCAGAAGAGAGUAGCUGAAUCAGAGAUUACUCAGAAGAAGAUUGAACAAGCUCGCAAGAAAUACCUUCCUGUUGCCACUCGUGGAGCAGUGCUCUACUUUGUGCUAGCUGACCUGGCAGCCAUUGAUGUCAUGUACCAGUUCUCCCUUCCCUGGUUUCAAAUGCUCUUUGGCAAGUGCAUUCGCGAUUCCUCUAGGGAAGGUUUAGCAAGUGUUGGCAGCAGUCAGCGCCCCGGGUCAGGAGGGUCCUCUGGUCGGCCCCUCAGUGGCAGGUUACGCCCCUCCAGUGCAAGGAAUAGUCCUGACCUCAGCAGGCAGUCUGUGGGUGGCAGGGACUCUCCCAUUCUAUCACGGGGGAGUUCCAGGCAUGCACUCCAAGGGAAGGACUUGAUACGUCAUCUCCAGAGUAUGGUGCGCAACCUGACAGAGACAAUUUACAAGGUUGUGUCUGUGGCCCUCUUCAACCACCAUCAGCUUGUGUUCUCCUUCAUGUUGUGUAGUAGCAUCAUGCUAUCUAAUGGACGUAUCGAGAGCAAUGAUCAUGAUGAGGUUGGAGGUAAUAUGGGCCGCAUCUCACAGGCAGAGUGGCAGGUCUUCCUUCAGGGCCAGGUGUUGGCAGAGACAGCUGACCCUCUCAUCCUGGAGAAGCACGAUGGCCUCACCCCCAUGCAGCGACUGGAGCUUGAGAGUAGAGGAGGGAGCGCUAAGAGCUCCCGUCCUGGCUCCUCCACCUCCUCCAUUGGGAGCAGGACUGGUCUGACGGGCCAUAUCACCUCCAGGCCUCCGAAAUGGAUCCCAGAGAAAGCCUGGAAGCAGUGUCAGUACCUGUCCUCCACCCUAGAACCUUUUCAGGGGAUCUGUAUGUACAUACUCAACUGCCAUGAUCAGUGGAUGACCUUUGCCAAGGUGGAGGAUCCCUACAGGCUCAUGACGGAACCAUUUGUAAAGAAAACUUCAGCUGCUAAAGAUCCAUCACCUGGACCCACACCAGGGUCGACUCCAUCGGGCGGGAACCCCUUCAGCUGGGAAAUUCUCAAGCCUAUUGAAAGGCUUCUACUGAUCAAGGUCCUGAGACCGGACAGCUUGGUGGCUUCUGUCAGAGCCUUUGUCAAUGAGCUGAUGGGUGACAAGUUCCUGUCCAGUGGUGGCUUUGACCUAAAGGAGAUCUUUGAAGGAUCCACUGCGGUCAAUCCCCUAAUCUUCAUCUUGUCACCAGGUGUGGACCCUACAGCUCAGCUGAUGAGGUUUGCCCGUGACAUGAGGGGAAGUACCCUCCAUGUUGAUCUCAUCUCACUAGGACGUGGCCAGGGACCUAAAGCUGAGGAACUAAUCUCAAAGGCACAGAUCUUGAAGGGUAGGUGGAUCUUCCUGCAGAACUGCCAUCUUGCUGCUUCAUUCAUGCCCAGGCUUCAGGAUAUUGUAGAAGGAUUCAGCAAACCCAAUGUGGAGAUUGACCCUCAGUUCAGGUUAUGGUUGAGCUCUAAACCUGAUCCAUCAUUCCCUGCGUCCAUCUUACAAACUGGUUUGAAGAUGACUGUGGAAUCCCCUCAGGGUCUGAAGGCUAACCUGUUGAGAUCAUUUGGUGGGGGUGGAGCAGGGGCUAUCACAGAGGAGAUGUGGGAGGAUUCAGCACCAGGAGAGAACUGGAGGAGUCUGGUCUUUGGUCUCUGUUUCUUCAAUGCCAUCAUCAACGAACGAAAGAAAUAUGGUGCCCUCGGCUGGAAUAUCCCUCAUGCAUUCAAUGCAUCUGAUUUUGAGGUAUCAGUACAGCUUCUGAAGAUGCUGCUUGUUCUCCAUGAGGACACACCCUGGGAAGCACUGAUGUACCUAACAGGAGAGGUGGUGUAUGGCGGGCGUGUCACUGAUAACUGGGAUAGACGAUGCCUCCUGAGUAUCCUCAAUACAUUCUACUGCAAGGAAGCUCUUUUGCCUGAAUACUGCUACUCACCUGAUAAGAUAUACCACCCUCUUCCGAAAGGCUUCUCUUUGACAUCUUGCCAGACGUACAUCGAGGGGCUUCCAGAAGCAGAUCGUCCUGAGGUGUUUGGUAUGCAUCCCAAUGCAGAGAAGGCCUAUAGGGAGAGUGAGGCACAGAAACUGGUCAAUACACUGCUGACAGUACAACCUAGGGUUAGCAUGCAGAUCAUGGGAACUGGCAAGACAAGUGAUGAGAUAGUCCUGGAGCUUGCCGAGGAGAUCCAACGCCACCUGCCAGAGAGCAUCCAGAGUGAUACAGGGGAGCCUGAGAAGCUCCGGGGGCUCUCCAGGAAGCAAGACAAGGAUGAACCAGGAGCAGGGGGAGGCAUGUUCCCUGGAUUCAAUAUGGCUGGUGGUGGAGGGUUCGGAGCAGGGAAGAAACAAGACAACAAAGUGUCCACACCUGUGGUCAAACCAUCGGAAGAACCUCAAACACCGUCUGCCCUACUGACCAUCCUACGGCAAGAGAUUGACCGUUUCAAUCGUCUUCUAGCGGUGAUCCAUACCUCACUGACCUCUUUAGCUCUGGCCAUCAAAGGAGAGGUGGUGAUGUCUGACCAGCUAGAGGAGAUGUUCAAGGCAUUGCUAAGUCAGAGGGUACCCAGGGCUUGGCAGCAAGCUGCGUAUGAAUCCUGCAAGCCCCUAGGCUCAUGGGGCAUUGACCUCCAGCAGAGGGUUGACUUCUUCUCCAGAUGGUCUGACCUGAUCAUAGCAGCCAAGGAACGCAAGGAGAAGGCACUGGGAGCACAGGGCCAGGCUCCCAUGGAACCAGAGGAUGUGGAGAACUUGAGGGAGCAGCCCAGGAGCUUCUGGUUACCAGGAUUCUUCUUCCCUCAAGGUUUCCUAACAGCUGUACAACAGAACCAUGCAAGAAGGGAGGGUGUGUCAGUGGACUCAUUGACCUUUGACUUCCACAUCAUGACAACUAAUGACGACACGGAGGAGAGUUUGAGUAACGUCAAACAAGAUGUUAACAUUCGUGAAUCAGCCUUCAAGGGUUCCAAUCCACCAUCUGAUGGUGUACUAGUAUUUGGUUUGUUCCUGGAUGGGGCACGUUUUGAUCCCUUCAAUCACACCAUCAAGGAUUCUAGACCAGAAGAGAGGUUCUGCAGACUCCCGGAGGUCCACUUUAUCCCAACCCAGAUACCACCAGAGGGAAUGAUACCACCCACUCCAUCCACAUCAGCCCCCACACCCACCCCACCCCAGUCAGCCACUUCAUCCAUGAGACACAGGAACUACCCUGUCUAUGAAUGCCCUCUAUACCGUACCUCUGCUAGGUCAGGUACUCUCUCCUCUACUGGUCUUUCUACCAAUUUCGUGACCUCUAUUGACCUCCCCACCGAGCAGUCACCUGAUUUCUGGAUCAGAAGGGGCGUGGCACUGCUUUGUCAACUGGAUGAUUGAAGCAGAAUACAUGCUAUAUGUAUGAACAACUGAACUAACACCGAAUACUGUGAUUACAUGGGUUUACAUAGGGACCUUUGUUCCCAGUAGGCAAUGAACUAAAGAAUGGGGCAAUAUGAUGGGGGAAGUCAUACAUGAUAAUCCAGCUAUGUAUGGAACAUACACUUGAUUUCUGAAUUAGAAUGGACAUGGCUCUUAUGCAUCAGUCAGAUAUUAAUACUAGUCGACAUAUUGUACAGGUGUCUCAUGUAGAUUUCUAUUCUUAAACUCUAGAGCAUACAAGUCGUAUGGGUCCAUGUACCAUAUGUUCAAACAGUAGAUCCUCAGAGAUUUUAUUCCUUGGGUUGCAGUUGAGUCAAAAUGGGUUGAGUUUAAGCAUGUACAGUAUUCAUUUAAUCCAUGAAUGAUGAGAUUAAUACGAGUUUUAGCAUGAUGCUAAAGGCAUGGCAAACCUUACUAAUCAGAUGCGAGAAAAAUCAUGGCUGCCUGAAUGCCGUAUUCAAUGAGAAAGCAUUCCUUAUCACGUGGCAUAAUAUAUAUCUUUAUGAAGAUGGAAUGCCCAGGGACUUCCAAAUGGCAUCAUUCUGAUCCAAAGUGACACACAUUAUACAAAGUAUCUUCUUCCCAACAAAGAGAAUCUACAUUGUUUUCAUUUGUAUAAUAUUAAACCAGAGUGAAUAACCAAGUAUGAUGUGAUUUCCCACCAAAUAUGACUCUUGAGUUGGUGCUUGACCUUGAACUACCAAAAAGUUUAUUAUCUUUUGUCGGUUGAAGAAAACUGGUGUUAUUCAUGUAUCAUUUCAGGUGCAAUUUUUCAAUUUUGACUUGUUUUUUUUCCAAAUUAAUUGAUGCUACCUUUGUAUCAAACAGAAUAUAAUUUGUGAAUAGUAAAUUAUUACAUUGUACAUAGAAAUCCUUUGAUAAAGUGGGUUUUUUUAAAACAGAAGUUAGAAUAGAUUUGUUCUUAUUCUGUUAUUCCUCUUUCAGACCAAGAAUUCUUUUACUUCUCUUUUUGGGUUAUUAUUUUUGUAAACUUUUAAUUGAAUAUUCUGUUUAUAUAAUUCGACUGUAUGCAACUUUUAUAGGUUUCAAAAGAUUUUGAUAACCUUAUCUAAACCUUGAUGGGGGUAUAGUCAAGCCUGUCGCAUGAUGAAUCCCAUAAGCUCAUGUAUAGGAAAUUUUUAUGAAAUUGCAGUAUAUAGAUGAUGGGUAUGUUGGUUUUUUUUGUAAUAUAAAUCACAAACAUCAAAACUUAAAUCUACAUAAAGUACUGAAAUUAAUGGAUCACCUUAUUCCUGCUUGUUUCCAAUGGGGCAAACAUGUUUUGAAACUAACACACCUGCAUGGGUGCCGUUUCAUAAAGCUGUCGCAUCGCUUCAUAUGAUUUUAUGAAUGACUGGAGUAUUAAGUGUGAAAUGCGUUUGCGCUGUAAUCAUAGUAAUUACGGCAGCCAAGCUACAG